ACUCUCAGUCACACAGCGAAGGCUUGCACAGGGUGGUGAUUGAGUGAGUUAGAGCACCCGAAAGUGAUAUAGGCACUCCAAGUGAAUUAAAGUUGGGGUGUCCAAAUCAUUUCGGGGCAUUUCGACUCUCAAUCACAUAACGAAGGUAUAUAUAUUUAUUGAACUGCUUUGUUGUAGAUUGCGUCGCGCGCGCGUGCGUGCUAAAGUAAUCUAGGCGUCUAGAUUCAAUCCAGGUUCCUAGAUUCAAUUAUUUUUUUUUCAAAUCAACAUUUUUUAAAGAGUAAUAUUAUACCCCAUGAAUAUUUAAAAUUUUUAAUCUUGAACACAACAAUCCAACAAUCCAAGAGAAAAGUUUGAACCUUAGAAGAAAAAUUUUAUUAGCUUAUAUCUAUUAUAAUUUAACCUCUAAAUUCUAAAAUUUUAAACUUUAAAUAUAUAUAAUAUAUUUAUGAAUAUCUAAAAUUUUUAAUUUUGAACAUUAUUAUUCAAGAGAAAAGACUUUAACUCUAGAGGAAAAAAUUUAUUGACUCAAAUUUAUUAUAAUUCAAUUCUUAAAUUUUAAACUCUAAAUACUUAUAAUAUAUCUUAAAAUAAAAAAAAUUAAUCAAUCCAACACCUCCACUGUCACGCACACAUACAACGAAUGGUCUACAACAAAGUAAUUCACAUUAUAUAUAUAUAUAUAUAUAUAUAUAUAUAUAUAUUUUGAAUCGGACUGCUCGAAGCAACUCAGAUUCUCUGGUCCGUGAAGUGUGGACCAGAGAAUUGGCUAUUCUCAUUGGUUGAGAGUGAUGACUUCACGUGUAAAAUAAAUGAGGAUUAUCAUUCUCCACCAAUGAUGGAUGGUUCAUCAUAGACUAAAGGAUUCGUGCUCACCUGAGAGGAGCUUCGGGUAUCUGGUGCGAUCUGAUAAAGAUCGUCUAGGAGUAUAGGGAGUAUAGAGAGUAAAUGUGUGCAAGCUAAUAAAUUAUUUUAGAUAAUAUAUAUAUAAUUUUAUAAUACUUAUGUCAUAAUGAUGUUUAAAUAAUUUAUUUUCUCAACCCUAUAAUACCAAAUGUUUAGAACCUGUGGCAAUUUCUUGUAAUUUUAAUAAAUUAGAGAGCUAAACUGUGACGUUGGAGAACAUGAAGGACGAUCUGGCAAAUACAAUAGACUCUGGAGGUGCAAGCAGAAAUUUCGUCAUUGUGAUUCCGAGUUCCACGGAUUUUAAAGCUAAGCUCGCACCCCGAUGCGACGACCGCUCUUCAGUGUCCUCCUGUUCCCUGCCCGUUUCCGUCAUUUCGGUACUGUCCACAACCUUUUAUUGACCAUCGUGCCAUCUCGCACUGUGCCUUCCGAGUUCCGAUCCAUGUCCUUCAUCGUCAUUUUGACUAAAACCCUCUCUCCUCUUCUUCUGCUCCGUUCUCUGCAGUAGCACCGGCACAGCACCUCGUUGCGGUAAUGGCGGCAUCGUAAGCAAAGUCAUUGUGGAAGAGAGGAGAAGGGCCAUGGCAGAGAUCGUUUUGUUGCCCUUUCUCGCUUCCAUCGUCUUCUUCCACUUCCCCGUCUCCGGUUUGACCACCGACGGCCUUGCUCUUCUCGCUCUCAAGGCUGCCGUCUCCGCCGAUCCCUCCGCCGCGCUCUCUUCGUGGUCCGAGUUUGACGCCAACCCCUGCGGCUGGGCAGGCGUGGCCUGCAGCCGGCGCGGCCGCGUCGCCGGCAUCGUCCUCCCUGACCGCGCCCUCAACGGCUACCUUCCUUCCGAGCUCUCACUCCUCUCCGCCCUCCGCAAGCUCGAGCUUCCGGGAAACCGCCUCUCCGGUCCUAUCCCCGCCGCGCUCGGCCACCUCCACGCCCUCGUCGAGCUCGAUCUGUCUAACAAUAACCUCUCCGGCCCGAUCCCGCCCCAGCUCGGCCGGCUCGCUUCUCUCGCCCGCCUCGAUCUCUCCUCUAACCGCCUCGCCGGCCAUCUUCCUCCUGCCAUCGCCGGCCUACCCCAUCUAUCCGGCGUGCUAAAUCUCUCCUUCAACCUUCUUUCCGGCAGCAUUCCGCAGGCGUUCGGCAGCAUUCUGGCGUCUGUCAGCCUGGAUCUCAGCCAGAACAACCUCUCGGGCGAGAUCCCAAGGAUGGGGUCGCUUGUGAGCCAGGGACCGACAGCCUUCGCCGGAAACCCCGGCCUCUGUGGGUUCCCGCUGAAGAAUCCUUGCCCAGCGCCGAAGGAGGAUGCCAAGAUCCCCAAACCUAACCCUAGCCUCAGCCUAAACACUAGCGGCGCCCCCGCCCCCCGUGGCGCCGCCAGAUCGGAGCGGCGAGGGACUACCCUCGGAACGGUUCCUAUCCUUACCGGUAUCGUCGUCGUCGCCAUCUUGUCGAUUGCUUUUCUCCAAUGGCACUUCUGUUGCCGGAGCGCCGUCGCGGACAGCAAGAUGACAAGAAAGAGUGGUGCCAUCGACGAUACAUGUCUUGACGGCUCGGAGGAGCGGCGGCGGAGUGGGCGCGAGGCGGAGGUGUACGCAGUGGUGGAGGAGGGCUUCGGUCUGGAGCUGGAGGAGCUGCUCCGGGCGUCGGCGUACGUGGUGGGGAAAAGUCGGAGCGGGAUCGUGUACAAGGUGGUGGUCGAGCGUGACGGAUCGGCCGUGGCAGUGCGCCGCCUUGGCCUAGCGGAGGGAGCUACCGGCAACGAAUGGCGGCGGCGGCGGCGAACGUUCGAGACGGAGGCGGCCGCCAUCGGCCGCGCGAAGCACCCCAACGUCGUCCGCCUCCUCGCCUACUACUACGCCCCCGACGAGCACCUCCUCGUCUACGACUACAUCCCCAACGGCACUCUUCACGACGCUCUCCACGGCGGGCCGAAGAAUCCGAUGGCUCCGGCGGCACUUUCUUGGGCGACGAGGCUGGCGAUACUGCGAGGGACGGCGAGGGGCCUGGCGUACCUCCACGAGAUGAGCUCCCAGAGGCACGCCCACGGCGGAAUCGCCUCCUCGAAGAUCCUUCUCGACGACGACCACCGGCCGUACAUCUCCGGUUACGGUGUCGCCCGGCUGUUGGUGCCGAAGAAGAAGGCCGCGGUUGGAGAGGCGGCGCAGAAGGCGGACGUAUACGCUUUCGGGCUGGUGGUGCUGGAGGCAGUGACGGGGCGGACGGCGGGGGCGGAGGUGGAGGCGUGGGUGCGGGCGGCGUUCCUGGAGGAGCGGCCGUUGUCGGAGGUGGUAGACCCGGCGCUACUACAGGAGGUGGAAGCGAAGCAGGAGGUGCUGGCGGUGUUCCACGUGGCGCUCGCGUGCACGGCCAGGGACCCGGACCUGCGGCCCCGCAUUCGGGCGGUGGCCGAUAGCCUCGACCGUGUCGGCGUCAAUGCCGGCGGCGGCGGCGGCGAGUCUGACUCAGUCAGUCAUCCUGUUUGAUUUAAGUACACGUUGCCAGCUGCAUCCUCAGUAUUAGAGUUUAGUAAUUAAAGCUGGUACUCGUUAUGUUGGAAGGAGAUAAUCUGAAAAUUUUGAGCGUGCUUUCGGAAAAUUUUAGAGUUUAGGAAUUGUCGACCCUCUAGGUGUUAGUGUUAGCUUUGUGCUACCAAAUUGUUCCAUAAUCUCUUGGUACGUCGUCCUGCUUUUUCUUGCCCAAAUGUUUGAUAGAUUAGUGGUGUGUUAGUUUGGUCCAAAAUUAUAACAGUAAUCGUUGUUUUAGUCCAUCGACUA